GCACUUGAGGGUGGGCGAUUUCCUGGGGGGAGUGGCUUAAGCCGCUUCCCCACCGGCCAGUUGGCUGUAGACGGUCCGGGCUCUCCAAGGUUCUCUCAGAUAUGAAGCUGGGUCUGGAGUAAGAGUGCAGCUCCGUGGGACGCUGCCUGGGAAGGCCUCUCCCACCCGGUGACUUCAAUGUCCCAGGCUGGAAGGUGGAGCGGGAAGCGGACGCCCCCAGGGCUCUGGGCCACCCUUCAGGAUGACUUCUCGGGACCAGCUGGUGCAGCAGGUGCUGCGGGAGCUGCAGGAGGCAGUGGAGGCCGAGGGCCUGGAGGGUCUCGUGGGGGCCGCCCUGGAGGCCAAGCGGGUCCUGUCGUCCUUCGCCCUCCCCACGUGCCGGGAGGGAGGCCCUGGCCCCCAGGUGCUGGAGGUGGACUCGGUGGCCCUGAGCCUGUACCCCGAUGACGCCCCGCGGAACAUGCUGCCGCUGCUGUGCGCGGGCGAGGGCAGCCUGCUGUUCGAGGCCGCCAGCCUGCUGCUGCGGGGGGACGCGGGCCUCAGCCUGGAGCUGCGCGCCCGCACGGUGGUGGAGAUGCUGCUGCACCGCCACUACUACCUGCAGGGCAUGAUCGACUCCAAGGUGAUGCUGCAGGCCGUGCGCUACUCCCUGUGCUCCGAGGAGUGCCCCGAGAUGACCCGCCUGCCGCCCGCCACGCUGGAGGCCAUCUUCGACGCGGACGUCAAGGCCUCCUGCUUCCCCAGCAGCUUCUCCAACGGCUGGCACCUGUACGCCCUGGCCUCCGUGCUCCAGCGCAACAUCUACUCCAUCUACCCCAUGCGCAACCUCAAGAUCCGGCCCUACUUCAACCGCGUCAUCCGGCCGCGCCGCUGCGACCACAUGCCCUCCACGCUGCACAUCAUGUGGGCCGGCCAGCCGCUCGCCGGCCGCCUCUUCCGCCACCAGUACUUCGCGCCCGUGGUGGGGCUGGAGGAGGUGGAGGUGUCCAGCCCCGGAACCGUCCUGAUGCAGCGGGCCAAGCUGUACCUGGAGCAGUCCAUCUCUCUGAACAUGCUGGUGCCCUACCGCUGCUUCAAGCGCCGGUUCCCGGGCAUCUCGCGGUCCACCUACUACAACUGGCGGCGCAAGGCCCUCCGGAGGAACCCCGGCUUCAAGCCAGCACCCGCCCUCCCGGCCGCCGGGACGCCCCAGCCGGCGUCUUGUGGGGAAGGGGACCUGGUCCCGCGGAAGGGUCAGGCCGAAGAGGGGCCAGGGAAAACAACAGGCAGCGGGCCUCUCGCCCCCCGGGAUCUCCUGCCCCUGGGGGUGCCCCUGCCGCGUUGGCAGAGGCGCCUGCGCAGGGCUGCCCGCCAGCAGGUGCUGAGUGGGCAUCUCCCCUUCUGCCGCUUCCGCCUCCGCUACCCCAGUCUGUCGCCUUCCACCUUUUGGGUCUGGAAGAGUCUUGCCCGCGGCUGGUCCAGAGGCCUGUCCAAACUCCCUGUGCCAGCCUCCACCUUGGGCAAAGCGGGGCAGGAGGCUGAGGCGGCGGCGGCUGGCAGGAAUGUGACAGCGUUGGCGGCCCACCCUGCGGGCGCUUCUAAACACGAGGAGCCUGCGGGGGCCCAGGAAGGGCCUUCUAGAGAGGGGGCCACAGUCCAGGGCCAGCUCCACAGUGAGUCCCCACGGAGCCACCCUCUGGUGGCCACGGGCAGCGGCAGUGGGCAGAUGCUGGUGAUGGACGUGAUUGCUACCACGAAGUUCAAGGCCCAAGCCAAGCUGUUCUUGCAGAAGCGCUUCCAGUCCAAGAGCUUCCCCUCCUACAAGGAGUUCAGAACCCUCUUCCCCCUCACUGCUCGCUCCACUUAUUACAUGUGGAAGCGAGCUCUCUACGACGGUCUCACCCUGGUUGAUGGCUGA